AUGAGGAUCAUGAUCAAGGGAGGCGUGUGGAAGAACACGGAGGAUGAGAUCCUCAAGGCGGCCGUGAUGAAGUACGGCAAGAACCAGUGGGCGCGCAUCUCGUCGCUGCUCGUCCGCAAGUCCGCCAAGCAGUGCAAGGCCCGCUGGUACGAGUGGCUCGACCCCUCCAUCAAGAAGUGUUCUAAAAAUCAUUAG